UAUCAACGAGGGGCAUAAAACUUAUCUGAAGAUUUCCAUGAAUUCUGUAUGAGCUACAGAUUUCCAUCUCAACCCGUCUGCAGCCAAUUCUUCAAAAUGCUUCAUUUUUUCAUCCUAAUGUUUAAUAUUCCUCAGUGCAACUCAGAUAACACAGGCGUCGUGGCUCAGAAUCAUCUAAAGAUUGUUCAAGCUGGAGACAGUGUUAACUUCACCUGUUUUUUACCAAACAAUUUCAGAUCCAGCAUGGUUUGGGUCAGACAAAGAGUCGGAGAGAAACCCCUUCCAAUUGUUUCAUCAUAUAACGCUUUCCCUGCUGUCUUUGAAAAUGGCUUUGACAACAAUACACGCUUUUUUGUAACAAAUGACAAGCGCAGUUUUAAUCUGAGCAUCACAAAUACAGAAGAAUCAGACACUGGAACAUACUAUUGUGUUAAAUAUAUACUUAGGUUUUAUUUUGGCGAAGGCACUGAUCUCAUUGUUAAAAAUGGACAGCUGAGCGUGGACUCAGAGCAUCAGAGAGCCGAGACAGAUCCAGAUCAUCCAGAAGAGUCUGCAGCGGCUCUGCAGUGUGCCGUCGUCACUCAGAGCUGUGCAGGAGAACACAACGUCUACUGGUUCAGACAUCAAUCUGGAGAAUCUCCUCCAGGAAUCAUUUACACUCAGGACCGCAGGAACGCUCAGUGUGAGAGGAGAUCUGAUGGGAACUCAACCACACACAAAUGUGUCUACAACCUGCCCAAGAAGAACCUCAGUCACUCUGAUACUGGGAUUUAUUACUGCGCUGUGGCCGCAUGUGGACAGAUACUGUUUGGAGAAGGAACAAAAGUUGAUUCACCAGGCAAAUGCUUUCAGACACAUUGGACAACAGCCGCUUUGAUUAUGAAUAUUUUAUCUGUGAUCAUGAUUAUUAUUAUGGCUGCAUGGCUGUACAAACACCAGCAAAAAGAUAGGAUGCACUACACUCAGCAUGGUCAGUUGAUGGCUGACGACGCAGAUGCUUUGAAUUGUGCAGCUUUGAGCUUUCAACAAAAUCCCUCAGCCUCUAGAAGACCCAGGGGAAGUAACUCACAAGAUAAUUCAACAUAUACACAUGUAAGAUAACAAUGAGUGCAUUUUUUCCUACACAGUAUUCAGAGGUUUCUAUUUAGAACCUAUAAAAAUUAUUUUCCAAUGUUAGAUACCAAGACCAAAACCAAAAAUGACAUGUUAAUUAAAUUGUUUAAAGUGUUUAAUUAAACUAUC